UCUGGCCUUCGAAUAUUAUUUGCAAGCCAUUAAUGAUAUAACUGAAGGGGAUGAAAAGGAGAGUUCAAAAAUCAAGUUUUUUAGAAGGCGUAAUAGAACGUGUGGCAAAAUUUUACUAGCAAAUUUGUAUCUGGAAGGAAAAGGCGUGGAAAAAAAUGAGAAGAAAGCUUUUCAAAUUUUUUUAAAAACGGCGGGGGAAGGUUCGAGUCGAGCAUUAAAUUUCAUUGGAGUGUGCUACGACAAUGGCUCGGGUGUUGGAAAAAAUGACAGAAAGGCAUUCGAAUUUUAUUUAAAGGCUGGAGAGCAGGGAAAUCUUGUGGCUCAAUGCAACCUGGGAUAUAUUUAUCAAGAAGGAAAGGGCGUGGAUCUUAACGAAAGAAUUGCCUUUGGGUGGUAUCUAAAAUCUGCGGAAAGUGGAUAUAAUAGGGCCCAAGGAGACGUGGGAUACUGUUUCGGGACCGGGAAAGGAAUUGACCAAGAUGAGGAAAAAGCAUUUUCGUGGUACCUGAGGGGGGCUGAAAAUGAACACGCGCUUAGUCAAAGCACAGUCGGGGUGCGGUAUUUGAGAGGAAUAGGAGCACCGAAGGAUAUUAUAAAGGGCAUUCGUUGGUUCAACUUGGCUAGAGAGAAUGGCGACAAAGAGGCCGAAGAGAAUCUAACUCUAAUAGCCGACUUGGUUGUAUAG